AUGCAGUACAAGUUGCUUGCCGCCCUCCUUUUCUCCGCCACGGUUCUUGCCGCUCCGGCCCCAGACUCCACGGCCAAUGCCUUAGCUUCUUCAUCAGCCUCUGAGACCGAUGAAAGCAGCAUCAAUGCGCUAUUGUCCGAAAUCCCAGAAUCAAUCCUAACUGUGAUGGCGACAGCCAUCCCCGAUAGUUUUUUCACCGAUAUCGAGAUUCCUGCCUCGCGCUCCUCCAUCAUCAGCGAGCUCGUGGCUGGCACCUACCCAGCGUGGUACAACAGCUUGCCUAACAGCGUCAAGGCAUGGGCUACUUCUGCUGGCACCGAAUGGUUCAUCGACGCCUCUGCCACCGCUGAUAGCGGGGUUGCUAGCACUACUGCCGCCAGCAGCACUUCCACUGACUCUUCCUCCGGCUCCAGCGCUGCGCAGACAACUGCGGCUCCCUCCUCCUCCGCCGCCGCAAGCUCUCAGUCUUCCGUCUCUUCCGUCUCUUCCGUCUCUUCCGCCUCUUCUGUCUCUUCUGCUGCUGCGUCUACUCAGGCCUCUGCGACUUGGACUGGUGGCGCCCCUAUUGCGACUGGCGGUGUUGCUAUGAGCAUUGCUGGUGCAGUUGGCGUUCUUGGCCUCGCCCUCGCUCUUUAG